AUGAUACGGCGGCUGAUAGCAACGAGUGCCCGGCUUAAAUCAUCGCAUACGACUUCAAACGCAUAUUCCAGCGUUAUUUCCAGGCUAAAAGAUCAGGUUGAGGCUGCACAAAAGUCCGAUUCAUAUCUUAUAUCUUUGGUCAAUAAGAGCAUAGAGACUAAUUUGGUAAAGCUUUCGCUGGAAUUGGGGGCUCCUGCCACUAAGGAGAGUGUUUAUCAAGCCUUGCUCGGCUUCAAGCAAAACGGGAUCAAGCUAGAGAGAAGACUGUUCCCGAAUCGAAGAUCAUCUCCUUCUCUUGACUAUAAUAAAUUCCUUUUUGCAUUAUACCCAUCACCAUCACAAGAAAAGUUUACAUUGUCAACGAAGUACCAGCAUAGUGACUCGAAUAAUAAAUACCAUUUGAUCAAUCAUGAUAAGCUUUACGAAAAUUACUGUAAAUUACCGUACCCUGCACCCUUAUUUAUCGAACAUGAAGAUUUGGAGAAUUUUUUAAUUAAAUUUUUGAAAAGAAGGGACUUUAAAAUGCCCACAGUGUUGUCCCAUACAUAUAACAUUGAAAAAAGCUCUCCCAAGACCCUUUAUGAGUUAAUGAAAAAACUGAUGCUUAUGCGUCAUAGGCAUGUUAGUCGAUGUUCUAAGAUAUUUAAUGAUUUGAAAAGCUCUAAGUUACCCAUUUCAGUCAAUGAAAGAAACCAGUUCAUUCUUCUGAGUUUCCAUAAGGACUCAACAAGUCUAUUGAAAAGAAUCGAUAGAGCAAUAUCAAAAGACCCUGCCAUCUACGAAAAAUAUCAAGGUUUGAUCCGGGAUUUUUCUCCAGUGUUCAAUUGGGAUACCUAUACUCAAAUCUUGGGUAGUUUUGGUAAUGAAAUCGAAAAAUCCACUCAGAACACCCUAUUGAAAGUUGCAAUAAUGCACGAACAGCCAAAAGUUAUUAGUGACAUCGUUGAACGGAUUGAGCCAAAUCAUGAGGCUUAUAAGUUGAUACUUCGAUACAGUCAGCAGAUUGAUUCCACGGAGUUAUUUUUCCAAAGUCUAGCUAGUUUCUUGAAUUCGACUGAGGUUUUGAAUACUGGACUUUUGAAUCGUGUAUUCCGUGGAUUGAUUCACUUUGGUUAUAGAAAUGAAGUAGAGAACCUUUUAAUGUGUUUAAUUUCCCCAAACGACAACAGUUCUGAAUUGGAAAUUUAUAAACGUCUCAAUUCAGAGGAUGAUACUUCGAUCGAUGAUUCAAUGGAAGUUUAUGAUAAUCUAGUAAAAGUGUUGAAAACUUCUCCUAAACAGUUUAAGCUAAGUCCUGAUCGAACUACUUUUUCAUCAUUACUCGAAUCCUAUUGUUUCUGUGAUCAUUACUUCAAUAUCCCUCCGGUGACUUUUAAUCAAUUGGAUCAAUUACUACACUUGAUGGUGGAACAGAGUUAUCUUCCACUACUCACCAAAGAUUUCAAAAUGAUUUUUCAAAGAUUCUGUCGUAAUUCCACUAUUUCAAAUGGUUGGAACAUUGAAGCUCUUAAUAGCAUAACUGGUAAGUUAUUAAAUACUCAUGAUGCCCUAACCAAUGAUUCAAAUAUCAAGCAUAAAUUAAACAAACUUGAAAUGACCCCUCAAUUAUCUAAUUUUGUUGACCAUUACUUGACUGAAUACGCUCCAACUAAUAAAAUCCCUAGAAAUAGAGGUUCGUUGAUUAAAUUACCCAAUGACUUGGUAUUUAGAAUAUAUGACGCUUAUAUCAAUACCAUCAAUAUUUCACCAUUUGAUGAACCAACCAAAUCGGAUCUAAUGGUGCAGCUUGAGUCCCAUAGAUCAGACUUGAUGAAUCAACUUGAUAAAAUCAACUCUACCAAUUCGUGGAUUCCAAUAAGUGAUGAUUUAAAGAGAAGCUCUUACAUUGCAGAGUUGAACUACGUUAAAAAAGGUUACCUUAUUGGACUACUCGAUAUCUUAGAGUCCUUGUAA